GAGAGAGCGAGAGAGAAAGGAUUCCCCCCUUUACUAACAGGCAGCUUGCAGGCGUGGACAUUGCUCGUGUCUUUGUGUGUAUGUGCGUGUGCUCCCAGCCUGACUUGUGUGUGGCUCCGAUGCUGCAUAUAAACCAGAAUCCACGCCAGUUAUUUUUGUCUGCAUGCAUCUUCAUAUUCCGCAUCGCUCCCUUUGGAGGAGUUUAUCACACUCAUCCUGACUGAGACGCGCCUGCAGCUCCGGUAGAUGAUGCGAACAUUUUAGGGCAGACAAGUCGACCACCAGUGACCAGGAUGGAAGCAAAGAUUUGGUGACCCGCUUGCAAUAUGACAGGUCAAGUCCUGAGGGAACCUGGUGACGCCGCCAUUCGUAUCAACGUGGGAGGCUUCAAGAAGCGUCUCCACUCAGACACACUCUCCAGGUUCCCGGAGACAAGGCUGGCGCGUCUCCUCCUGUGCCAGUCGAAGGAGUCCAUACUGGAGCUGUGCGAUGACUAUGAUGACACAGAGAAGGAGUUCUACUUCGAUAGGAACCCUGCACUUUUCCCCUACGUGUUGAAUUUCUACAACACGGGUCGGCUGCACGUUAUGGCUGAGUUGUGCAUCUUCUCUUUCAGCCAGGAGAUCGAGUACUGGGGUAUUAAUGAGUUCUUUAUUGACUCCUGCUGCAGCGGCGCUUAUCACUGUAGGAAAAUGGACCAGGACAGAGCGGAGUCGGACGACAGGAGCGAUGAAGGUAGCACCACUUCGUCUUUCGACGAGCUUAUGGAGUUUUACAAUGACGCCACUAAAUUCGACAAGCAGCCGCUGGGGAGCACGCGCAGGCGCGUCUGGCUGAUGCUGGACAACCCGGGCUACUCCGGGGCCAGCCGCAUCAUCAGCAUCCUCUCCAUCCUGGUGGUGCUCGGCUCCAUCGCCACUAUGUGUAUGAACAGCAUGAGCGAGUUCAGUCUGGUGGACAGCGAGGGGCAAACCACAGAAGACCCCCGCUUUGAGAUAGUGGAACACUUUGGCAUCGCUUGGUUCACCUUGGAGCUUGUGGCCAGGUUCGCCGUAGCGCCGGACCUGGUGCACUUUUUCGAGCACCCUUUAAAUGUUAUCGACUUAGUGUCCAUACUUCCCUUUUACCUGACGCUUGUCGUUAAUCUUGUAGUGGAGAGCAGCCCCGCACUCGCCAACCUGGGCCGCGUGGCGCAAGUGCUUAGACUCAUGCGGAUUUUCCGGAUCCUGAAGCUGGCACGCCACUCCACCGGGCUGCGUUCUCUGGGGGCCACCUUGAGGAACAGCUACAAGGAGGUGGGCCUACUGCUUCUUUAUUUGGCAGUGGGGGUGUCUUUUUUCUCCGUCAUGGCCUACACAGUUGAGAACGAAGACAGCGAGGAUCUGUCCACCAUCCCAGCGUGCUGGUGGUGGGCCACGGUCAGCAUGACAACAGUAGGAUAUGGAGACGUGGUGCCCUUAUCUUUAGCGGGAAAGCUGACAGCCUCAGCUUGCAUCCUGGCGGGGAUCUUAGUCGUAGUGCUUCCCAUCACGCUCAUUUUCAAUAAAUUCUCCCUCUUUUACAAAAGACAAAAACAGUUGGAGAUCGCGAUGCGAAGCUGCGAUUUCGACGAGGGCAUAAAAGAGGUGCCCUCGGUGAACCUGAGGAACUAUUACGCGCACAAAGUCAAGUCUCUCAUGGCAAGUCUGUCAAACAUGAGCCGGAGUUCACCCAGUGAACACAGUCUGAACGAGUCGAUACACUGAAGGUGGGUUUAUAUGAUGAGCUGUCCCAGGUGCUGAAACAUCCAGCGCCAUAGCUAGGUUGGUCAUAAGGUUGCAAAGUGGCAGGGAAUUACAGGCACACAUUUUGUGGGAAGUUGAAUAUUCCUCGCUCAAUCUAUAUAAGAAUUAAUGGGAAUGAAUUGGACAAUUAGGGUGAUUUAUAUGAUCCGUAUCAAAUAUAAUUAUACAUUUUGUUUCAAACAUAUGCAACAGUAGGUAAUAGGUAGUAAACUAAAAUAUAAGGUAAUUACUUUUUUUCAACUCAUAUUUGCAUAUUAGUAUUUUUUUUCAACACCCUUUCCUGUAUCAGUGCCCUAUCCGUUUGUGUACAUGCUGUAUUAUUCAGCAUUUAAUUUAAACAAAACACAUUUUUAAUGACAAAAUGUAAGCAGACAAAAUCCUCUACAAAUGUAUAGUGAGAAUGAAAGAAUUAAAAAAGCUUUGAUUUUCCUACUCUUUUUGGACCUGUUAACUCGUAAUAAAGUGAUGUUACUUCAUUUAACUGGUCAAGCAUCCAUCCAUACAUCCAUCUACUUCCGCUAAUCCGAGGUUGUGUUGCGGAGGCAGUAGCGUAGGUAGAGAAGCCCGGACUUCCCUCUCCGCAGUCCCGGAGUCAAGCACCUCCCCGGGGAUCCCAAGGCAUUCCCGGGCCAGUCGGUAGACAUAGUCUUCCCAAUGGGUCCUGGUUCUUCCCUGUGACCUAACACCUUCCUAGCAGGUGUACUUUGAGCUCUUCCCAAAUGACAGAGCUUCUCACUCCGUGUCUAAGGGAGAGCCCUGACACCCGACGAAGGAAACUAAUUUCGGCCGCUUGUACUUAGGAUUUUGUCCUUUCGGUUGUAACCCAAAACUCAUAACAAUAGAUCGAGGAUUGGAACAUAGAUCGAAAGGUAAAUUGAGAGCUUUGACUUCCAGCUCAGCUUCUUCUUCAACACGAGGGAUCAAUGCAGGGUCCAGAUGCCACACCGCUCCGCCUUGACUCAGACUUGGAGGUGCUGAUUCUCAUCCCAGCCGCUUCACACUUCAAACUGUUCAAGCAUGUCCGAAAAACAAAUAAACCACACUAAAAACAAAUAAGCUGAACUCCUUUCUAAAUAAAGAAUAAUGUAGAACACCAGCCUCCCUCCCCCGAAAAAUCCAUCCAUCCAUCCAUCAUCUUCCGCUUAUCCGAGGUCGGGUCACGGGGGCAGCAGCCUCAGCAGGGAAGCCCAGACUUCCUCCUCACCAGCCACUUCGUGUAGCUCUUCCCGGGGGAUCCCGAGGCGUUCCCAGGCCAGCCGGGAGACAUAGUCUUCCCCGUGGCCUCCUACCGGCUGGACGUGCCCUAAACACCUCCCUAGGGAGGCGUUCAGGUGGCAUCCUGACCAGAUGCCCGAACCACCUCAUCUGGCUCCUCUCGAUGUGGAGGAGCAGCAGCUUUACUUUGAGUUCCUCCCGGAUGACAGAGCUUCUCACCCUAUCUCUAAGGGAGAGCCCCGCCACACGGCGGAGGAAACUCAUUUCGGCCGCUUGUACCCGUGAUCUUAUCCUUUCGGUCAUGACCCAAAGCUCAUGACCAUAGGUGAGGAUGGGAACGUAGAUCGACCGGUAAAUUGAGAGCUUUGCCUUCCGGCUCAGCUCCUUCUUCCCCACAACGGAUCGAUACAACGUUCGCAUUACUGAAGACGCCGCACCGAUCCGCCUGUCGAUCUCACGAUCCACUCUUCCCCCACUCGUGAACAAGACUCCUAGGUACUUGAACUCCUCCACUUGGGGCAGGGUCUCCUUCCCAACCCGGAGAUGGCACUCCACCCUUUUCCGGGCGAGAACCAUGGACUCGGACUUGGAGGUGCUGAUUCUCAUUCCGGCCGCUUCACACUCGGCUGCGAACCGAUCCAGCGAGAGCUGAAGAUCCCGGCCAGACGAAGCCAACAGGACCCCCGAAAAAUAUGCAAAUAAAAGUGUACAACAAGCAGCUUUGAUCAAAAAAUAUAACCUUAUUUUCCUAAAAUAUUGCAGUAAUUAGCAUUUCUCUUUUCAAUAUGGCCCUAAUGUUUCAUGUUUAAUUUUAUGUAUAAAAAAACAAACUCAGUACAUUCAACACCCCCUGGCUUAGAUGUAAAGCAAUGUAGUCUAUCAACUAUACACCUGCUCAUACAACACAUCGUGUUGUUAUUAGCCGACAUGCACGAUGAGAUACUUUGGAUUUAUUUGUGAGUACUAUAGCACUUAAAUCCUAUUUGAAUGAACAACAAUAACACACUUGUUGCCAUCUUAAUUUCAUUCCCCUACUUCAGAAAUGUGACAUCGAGGGUGUGCAGUUUCAAUUGCGUAGCUGUAUGUACGGACUGCAGUUUGUUAUUAAGGUUGUCUAUAAACUAACCUGCAGUCAUUUCAUUGAAAAUCACUUGUAUUCCAUUCAUUCCCAUGAAUACAUUUUAGUUCCCGUGGAAUGUUUUUUUUCACCAUUGAAGAUUUUUACAAUUUUGCAACCCUACCUGCACCUCUCUGUAGUGGCGUGCAAUAAACCUUUGUGUCCGUUCUCAGUGGAAAUAACAGCAAAUAUAGUGAAGCUUGAGUAUAACAUCCCACUGUGCACUAACAGUACUUGACAAAAACAACAUGAAAACCAUGUGUGGUUGUUUUCAGUCUGAUAGAUGUAGUCCACCAUAUCUCCUUGUUGUAAUAGCAAAUGUAUGGAAAGUAAACUGUACCAGAUCAGUCAAAUGUGAUUUUGUGAUUUUGCAACGCAAUGACUUCAGAUGUGUGUAUGUCAUAUACAAAGUGAAUUAAACAAGUAAAAACAUGAAUUAGUUUUUCAUUUUGUUUCA